GCAAAUUAUUUGCGCCAAAUUCUUUUUAUCAUCGGCGAGAAAUUGAAGUCACAAAUUGAAAUAAAAAUGCCAAAAAUCAAGAAGGCUGAAAGAAAAUCCUCGUCCGACAGCGAUAGCGGUCCGGACGAUCGUAAUCCACCGCCGAGCAAAAAGUCAAAGGAGGGCGCCGAUGUUAAAUCAAAUAAGAAUGAUAGCGGAGAUGGCAGUGAAACCACCACAUGGACUCUAGAGGGCAUGCGCCAGGUGCGCAUUAACGAGUUUCGCGGCCGUAAAAUGGUUGACAUACGCGAACAUUAUGAGAAGGACGGGAAAGUCUUGCCGGGCAAGAAAGGCAUUUCGCUGACGCUUUCACAGUGGAAAAAAUUACUAGCAGUAGCUGAUGAUGUUACUCGUGCUCUCGAGAAAUGAGAGCAAAUUAACAAAAACCACAAAUAAUUUUUAGUACUUAGCAGCUUUGUACAUUUCAAUAAACUACACACUAAUAAACAUGGAUCUUAAACGUA